ACAGAUGGCGGUGAACGGUACGGAGUAGUUUGCCGCUAAAAAUUCCAGACUUUCUGCGUUUUGGCGGGCGAACGUAGGCUCAGACGCUGAGCAUCAGCCGCGCAUAUAGAAGGAUACCGGAACGUUACAAGAUCGGCCUAGCUGACUUAAAAUUGCAUUUUCGCGAGUAUUUCCUUAGAUUAAACGAAGAAAAAUGGUAGCCAAGGGGAAGAUGUACGUGCUGAAGCGCAAUGGACGCAAGGAGGAGGUUCAUUUCGACAAAAUUACUUCCAGAAUUCAAAAGUUAUGCUAUGGCUUGGACAUGGAAUAUGUCGAUCCAACUGCCAUUACAUUCCGAGUUAUCAAUGGUUUGUAUUCCGGUGUCACAACAGUGGAACUUGAUAACCUGGCUGCAGAGACUGCUGCCACGAUGACAACCAAGCAUGCGGAUUAUGCCAUUCUAGCAGCCAGAAUAGCAGUAUCCAAUUUACACAAAGAAACCAAGAAAGUAUUCAGCGAUGUGAUGUCAGAUCUACACUUUGUGAUUGAUCCCAUCACCAAAGAGCAAAGACCUAUGAUAAGUGAGGAAUACCACAGCAUCAUUCAGACACACAAGGAUAAGCUGAAUUCUGCCAUCAUCUAUGAUAGAGAUUUUGGAUACAAUUACUUUGGAUUUAAGACUUUGGAAAGAAGUUAUUUGAUGAAGAUCAAUAAAAAGGUAGUUGAACGUCCACAGCACAUGCUCAUGAGAGUUGCUGUAGCUAUUCACAAAGAUGAUCUCGAGAAAGUUAUUGAGACUUACAACUAUAUGUCUGAGCGUUAUUUUACCCACGCAUCGCCAACGCUUUUUUCGGCUUGUACUUUACGUCAGCAAAUGUCGAGUUGUUUCCUUCUUACAAUGACUGAAGACAGUAUUGAAGGAAUUUAUGAUACACUGAAGAGAUGUGCUUUAGUCAGCAAAUCUGCUGGUGGCAUUGGUUUGAGUGUUCACACUAUAAGAGCCACUGGUACUCGAAUUUCUGGCACAAACGGUGUAUCUAAUGGUUUAGUUCCUAUGAUUAGAGUAUACAAUAACACUGCGCGUUACGUCGAUCAAGGUGGAAACAAGAGACCUGGAGCGUUUGCCAUGUAUUUGGAACCGUGGCAUGCUGACAUCUUCGAAUUUCUCGAUCUCAAAAAGAACACAGGUAAAGAAGAAAACAGAGCGAGAGACCUUUUCUAUGCUUUAUGGAUCCCGGACUUGUUCAUGAAGAGAGUUCUUGAGGACACAAAGUGGAGUUUAAUGUGUCCACAUGAAUGUCCUGGAUUACCUGAUGUUUGGGGAGAGGAAUUUGAUAAAUUAUACAUAAAGUAUGAGGAAGAGAAACGCUACAAGCGACAAAUUGAUGCCCGAGAAUUGUGGACUGCGAUUUUAAUGUCUCAAGUUGAAACUGGAACCCCUUACAUGUUAUACAAAGAUCACUGUAAUCGCAAAUCCAAUCAACAAAACCUUGGUACUAUCAGAAGCAGUAAUUUAUGCACGGAAGUUGUGCAGUAUUCUUCUCCAGACGAAGUAGCCGUGUGCAAUUUAGCAUCUAUUGCCGUUAAUAUGUUUGUAAAUACCAGUAAAAAAACGUACGAUUUUGCAAAACUUAAGGAAGUCGCAAAAGUCACAACAAGAAAUUUGGAUAAAAUUAUUGACCUAAAUUACUACCCCAUCCCAGAAGCAGAAAGGUCCAACACGAGGCACAGGCCCAUUGGCAUUGGUAUUCAGGGUUUGGCUGAUGCCUUUUUAUUAAUGCGCUAUCCAUUUGAAAGUGAAGAGGCUCAAUUACUGAACACCCAAAUUUUCGAGACUUUGUAUUAUGGUGCUUUAGAAGCUAGUUGCGAAAUAGCUAAAGAAAAGGGGCCAUACUCGACGUAUGCAGGUUCACCAGUUAGCAAAGGCAUUUUACAAUACGACAUGUGGAAUGUAACACCAACCAGUCUCUGGGACUGGACUGCCCUGAAAGCUAAAAUUGCAGAACAUGGUGUUCGCAAUUCUUUGUUACUUGCGCCAAUGCCAACAGCUUCGACCGCACAAAUUUUGGGCAACAACGAAUCGAUAGAGCCCUACACAAGCAACAUUUACACCAGGCGUGUUCUUUCUGGAGAAUUCCAGGUCGUCAAUCCUCAUUUGUUGAAAGACUUGACAGACAGGGAUCUGUGGGACGAGGAGAUGAAGAAUGAAAUAAUCGCAAACAACGGUUCGGUUCAGAACGUUGCAAGGAUUCCUGAUGAAUUGAAGAAACUGUACAAAACAGUCUGGGAGAUUUCGCAAAAGACCAUUUUGAAAAUGGCUGCGGAUCGAGGUGCCUUCAUUGAUCAGUCUCAGUCUCUAAAUGUACACAUAGCUCAGCCAACAACGGAAAAGCUCACGUCGAUGCACUUCUACGGCUGGCGAGCGGGUCUAAAAACCGGUAUGUACUAUUUAAGAACGAAGCCUGCCGCAAACGCACUGCAGUUCACCGUCGAUAAAUCGAAACUUAAAAUUCAAACGCCUUUGAAGAAUGGUAGCGCGGACAAGAACGGUUCAAUGACACAAGAAGAGGAAGAAGAGGCAAUGUUGGUCUGCUCGCGGGAAAAUGGUGAUGCUUGCAUGAUGUGCAGUGCGUAAAUUCUAUCAUUAUUUUACAUUUUGCAAUUAAAUCGUGAAGCUUCAUACUUUUUUAGUUUUUAAGUCAAAAGGAAUAUAAAAUUUAUUUGUAAACGUCUAGAAUAUCUGAAAUUAAUUUAUAUUGUUUAUGUGCAACAUUAACAAAUUUUAACGUGUAGCCUGUAAGUUAGAUUAUUAUGAGACUGCCAGUAACUGGCUUGUGGUUCAUUUUUAUUGUAUCCACAUAUUCCCAACUUCAUUUUGCUGAAUCAAAGACAAAAAGUGAAUUUUGUACAUAAUUAUAGAGAUAAAUAAUACAAAACUGUUUUUAAGAUUUUUUAAAACGAAUAAAAGACAUUGACAAAAUA